AUGAACUCCGUGAAACUAGUGCUUCUUGGCGAAGCUGCCGUGGGCAAAUCGAGUCUUGUGCUCCGGUUUGUCCUGAACGACUUCCAGGAAAACAAGGAACCCACCAUCGGCGCGGCGUUCCUCACCCAAAAGUGCACCAUCGACUCCCGGACGAUCAAGUACGAGAUCUGGGACACCGCCGGCCAGGAGCGGUUCGCCUCGUUGGCGCCGAUGUACUACCGCAAGGCCCAGGCGGCGUUGGUGGUGUACGACGUCACCAAGCCCGCCUCGCUCAUAAAAGCCCGCCAUUGGGUCAAGGAGUUGCACGAACAGGCGCUGAAGGACAUUGUCAUUGCCCUCGUCGGCAACAAGCUCGACUUGGUCGAGGACGACGCCGACAUGCGCAAAGUGACCGAAGAAGAAGGCAAGCGCUUAGCUGAGGAAGAAGGCUUGUUGUGGUUUGAGACGCUGGCGAAGACGGGGAAGAACGUCACCGACGUGUUUGUCGCCAUCGGCAAAAAGAUACCCGAAGAGUCCCCCGACGAGCCCGCCGUCACCCAGCGUGAAGGCCGCAUCGACUUGUCGGGGUCCGAACCCCGUGCCGCCAACGAGUGUGCUUGUUAG